AUGCCAGCUAUUGUUCUAAGUUUGGGAGUACUCUUCUUCCUUCCAGAAACACCCAAUAGUCUAAUUCAGCGCACCAAUGAUCAUCAAAACGCCAAGUCAAUGUUACAAAAAAUCCGAGGCACCGAAGACGUUGAAGCUGAACUUGAUGAUCUCAUAAAUGCAAGUGCCAUAGCCAAAACCAUCACCCACCCAUUCAAGAAAAUCACAGAAAGAAAAUACAGGCCUCAACUUGUCAUGGCAAUAGCCAUACCAUUCUUUCAACAAGCCACAGGGAUUAGUGCCAUCGCUUUCUAUGCUCCAAUACUUUUUCGAACCACAGGUCUAGGCAAAAACGCUUCAUUAUUAUCUGCAGUAUUGAUUAGGUCUGUGAAUGCUACUUCAACCCUCAUAUCAAUGUUGAUAGUCGAUAAACUUGGCCGAAGAGUUCUAUUUAUGGUUGGGGGAAUACAGAUGUUAGCUUCACCAGCAAUGGUUGGAAGUAUCAUGGCAAAUAAGCUAGGGGAUUAUGGUGAGAUGAGCAAAGGGUAUGCUUUUGCACUCUUGGCUUUGAUAUGUGUAUAUGUUGCCGGGUAUGGUUGGUCAUGGGGUCCCUUAGGAUGGUUAAUUCCAAGUGAAAAUUUUCCAUUAGAGAUACGAUCAGCCGGGCAAAGUAUUAAUGUGGGUUUGAGCUUUUUCUUCAAUUUCAUCAUUGCUCUGACUUUUCUGGCCACGCUUUGCUAUUUCAAGUCUGUGGUUUUCUUCUUUUUUGGUGGAUGGUUGGUGUUGAUGACUGCAUUUAUAUACCUAUUUUUGCCGGAGACUAAAAACGUGCCAAUUGAACAGGUGGAUAGAGUUUGGAAGGAACAUUGGUUUUGGAAGAGAAUUGUGGGAGAAGAGCACGAGGUUAGCAAGAUGGAAGGAGCAUGA